GUAUCUAUACUUGCUCUUUCUUAUAUGCUGAAUUCUGAGACAUUUCUGUAGGUAAGCAAGGCGACUAAUUAUUGUUGGCGAGCUCCAUUGUUGUAGAUUUCCAUCUGGCAGCAUCACCUUUGUUGCGCUCUUUCCAAAUAUCUGAAAAAGCAGAAGAAGGAGGUGAAUAAGAAGAAGAAGCAGGGGGAGAUGGCCAUCAUCAGGAUCAUUAGCUUGUUAUUGAGGAUCAUGCAGAUCAUCUUUUCCUGUUGUGCUCUUGGUUUCUUGACCACGGCGAAGGAGGAGUACGACUUUGUAGCCUUCAGCUUUUUACUGAUGAUAAUGAGCUUGAUGGUGCCCUGGAGCUUGACCUUGGCAUUUGCACAAGGAUACUCUGAUCUUACCGGCUACCCACUUCUUCGGCCAAGAAUAAUAAGAUUGGCCAUUAUUAUUGGAGAUGCGAUCCUCUCUUUUCUCUCUCUAGCAGCGGCCUGCUCAGCUGCAGCCAUCAUCAGCUAUUUACCACUUCUGAAGGGAGCUAGCAGCUACAAAUUUGCGGCGAUGUGGGCAUUUUUCACCUGGAUUUCCACAGGCGCUUCAGCUCUUCUCUGUCUCUGGAUAUUUCUUUCAGUGUGAUUAUCAUUUUUCAGCUUUUCAAGCCUUUUUAAAUCACAAACUCUUAUUAAAUUCUUGUUUGAAAAUUCUUAUCAAAGUUCAGGUAGGCAUGACUUGACAUAUUAUUUAUAAAUAUUGUUGCCAAUGGCCUCGUUUGACAAAAUUUAUGAUUAUCUAUUUAUGAUUAUGAUUUUAAGAUAA